AUGCUUGUAUUUCCUUUGCUAUGGGUCGUCUUUGCACUUAUUCCCGUGACAUACGAAGAUGACGACACUCUUUUCAACGAUCCGCUGACGGUGACUGUUACGCCGAAGAUUUGGGAUUUGCUGGACACGAAAUCGAAGCUGAUCUCAAAAAUUGUCAAAUCAAUCCGAUUUCCUGAAAUAUCUAAAGAGGGUAAAUUGCUGGAUUACAACUUAUGGGAUGGUUACAUCGAACAACUUUCAAUAUCAAAAGAUGGAGUUUCUUUUGAAGAUAUCGACAAUGGUGUCCACCUGCAUAUUGAGAACAUCAAUUUUAGAGUCGUUACCAAAGCAAAAGUGAGAGUAGGUUUUAUGCUUGCCAAAGUCGGUGCAAGUGGCAAAAUAUGGAUGGACGCCGUAGACGGCAAACUCGACCUUAAACUUAAAUGGAAUGACUUCGAAUUUCUUCCUACAGUUGAAACGGAGGCAACUCUUCAUUUUAAUUUCACCAAUUCUUUGAAAUCUGCAAAUCUUUUCAAGGAGAAUAUUCGAAAAUAUGCAGAAAAGGCGGUCCGCGUAAUUUUGCCGGAAGCAAUUGUUGGCUUCAUAAAGCAGAGUGUUAACCCUCGACUAAAGAAAUUGAAAAAAAUAGUCGUUGGUUUGGGGUUGUCUCAGUUCGGCGUUCAAUGGGCCGUGCAGAACAAUACACUUCGUGUAGCUGUCAGACCGAAAAGUGGUAUGGAAAACGUGAGACCAAUCCAUUCAUCCAACAAAAUGAUCUGUGUGAGUAGCGGUAUUCUUGCUGUGCUGCAAAUUUAUAUAGGAGAAUCAAAUGUGUCACUGUUCGACGGCAGAAUGAGCUUCAUGGCACCUGAAGGUUCUUGCACAUCCUCCUCCUGUUCCUAUUGUGCUGAUUUGGAUGUGAAUUUAAACGCAACAAAAGCAGAUGGUACACAGAGCGAAUUGAGUAACUGUGUACCUCCAAAAAGAUAG